AUGCCGUCGCUUUCGAUUUGGUUUUGGGUCUUUUCGAUUCCCAUCGUCGUCAACACAACGUCGGACACGCGCAAGACCGUUUUCCGUAAGUUUUUUUUUUCUUCAAUGAUGUCUCAAAAAAAGGUUAGCCCUGAUUAUGAUGACCAUUUUUCAUUCGUGUUUUCUCUUGAUUCGCUUGAUUUAAUGAUAGAAACUUAGUGCGAUAAUGAAAAAAAGCUUCCUACAGGAGCUAUUUUCGACGGAAAAGGGAAAAGUGGAUGGUCUUCAUAGUCUGGAGCUUCUUUUUGACCGAGCCUAUCUUUUAAAAAAAGUUUAUGAAUUUGCAAGUUCAACCGCUUCCGAGUCUCGUUCACUUAUUUUUUCUAUAUUUAUUCAAUUACGUUUUGUUUGUUUUUUUUUCCUUCUUAACUUGAUUUUGCACUCACUUCAACACCUAAGGUUUGUGAUUGAUCCGCUUAAGUUAGUAUGAGAGAGCAAAACGCGCUUUAGGCUCUCUUUUUGUACCUCAUUUCGUUAUUAAAGGACUUUUUCUUCAAAUUAAGAAUCCGGUGAGUUUGAAAUCUUGCCGCCGGUAAUUUUUUUGCCCUAUAAGUUUUUGGUGAUAUGAGAAAAAGACUAGCGAAAGUUCGAACGGCGACUUUUCCGAUUUUUUCAUGUAGAUAGGAAACUUUCCGAUGAAGAAGUUUCCGACUUUUCGAAUUGACUUUCCGAAUCGAAAUCUUCCUAUAUGAAGUAGGUAGUUGAUUCAUGAUUAAAACACGAAAAAAUAGGAAAAAAAAAUGUUAAUAGAUGUUUUAUAAGCCGAAAAACAUAAGGGGAAAAAGUCGGAAAGAAAUUCGUCGUAAACUUUGCAGUCCAAAGCUUUGAAAAUGGUCUGCCCAUGUAUGGAUUUGUGGAUAAAGGCGGUGAAUGAGUUUACCAUUUUCUUGCAUACGACCCCUGGUAACACCGAAACAGAAAUCUUGUUCGGAAAAGUUCAGUAAAGCGCGGAAAGUUUUCACAACAGAAGUAAAGAAAAGGAGUUUUAUUUUGAAAGUUUCAGUUGCCACUUUUUUCCUAUGCACUUUUUCUUCUAUUGCAUAGUGAAAAAAAUCGCUAAACUCUUUUAAUUUUGAAGGUUUGAACAAUUGAACGAAAAAAGUUAUAAUCGAUGAAGAGAAUAAAUUUGUUUGGAAAAGAAAAAAGAGGAACGCCUUGUUCUGAGUGGAUCAUUGCUCUCCAGGGGCCGCUGGAAAGUCAAGGAACGCAUGAAAAUAGAGCUAUAGGGGCAAACAGGCGACAAAUACACGGCGUCGACCUCGAGGGAAUUCCGAGUCCAUCAUUCCCGCUUUUCCAGAACUCGGACUGGCUCCUCUCUUCUCUUUUAUUCCACUUUAUUCUAUUCUUAAAUCUUUCGUUACACAGCUGAAUGAAACUUUUCAGCUGCAGAAGUUUAACUGACAACCCUGUGACAUAGAAUAGUGGUUUCAGGGGAGAGAAAAAAUUGAGCUCAUUGAAUUUUUGAGCCACAUUGACGAAAAUGAGCGCAUGUUCCUAUCGGAAAUCAAAUAUUUGGUUGAUUGUGGUGGGAACAAACAAAAGGCCGGUGAUCCGUUGCCAUAACUCAGGAAGUCAACGGCGCAAGUAAUCUCGGGGGCUUACGCACACACUGCCGCCGCCAUUCUUGCCUUGCCCCAGGCCACUCCACUAUGUUUCCUUGUUAUAUAUCUUUUGUUGAAUUCACCGAACCAGCAGGUCAAAAUUUGACUGCAAGCGAGUUUCCUCUCGCGAAAAAUCCUCAAUCUGGCCGAGGAAGAUCCUCCACAGGACUUAUUGAGGCUGUCUGAGGCUCUGCCGAACGAGAAAGCUCUCGUCCCAAUGCAAACUUUUCUUUCUUUGCUUUUCGUCCUCGCCCGCUUACCGUGCUUUUUUCUGAUUAUCCCUCCUUGUUAUAUUUCCAACCGACAUUUCGGACUUUGAAUAGAUCUCCAGCGGCCCUUACUAUUUCACUCUGGAGCGGAGAUGCGAAGUCUGGAGCGCGUCGUCGAGACGCGAAUCGAACUUCUGGAAUGGGACUCGAAGUCAACGAAAGAAGAUUGCGCCAGGUUUUCGUUCUACCAUCCAAAUAUCAAGUACAUUGUAAUCGACGGUGGAACAACGUAGCCACUCUUAAUCAGUUAUUUAGUUGCGGCUGGUUAAGUGGAAUUUUUUUUCCAUUUUCAAAGAUGGAACAUAGAGAUAGGUCACGUAAAACACGAUUUUCAGAAUUUUUUAAAAUAAAAAAGAAAAUCAUUUUAGUUGGCUUGAUUUUUUUUUUGAAGCUCGAAGCUUUUGUACUGAAGCCGACUUUGAAGCUUUCAAAUGUCCCAAUCUAUUCAAAAACGAACUACAAUUCAUAUUUUCUUUGCUGAUUCUGAAAAGAUACCAGAUCUUUUCGAAGAUUUUAGCUUUUUGAGCUUCAAGCCAAAAAAGUGAGAUAAAACAGAUGUCGCGCUUUGGACUGCGAUAUCAUCUUUGCCCUUCUCUUCACGAUUGUCAUCGCCUGUUUGCUCGUCCUCAUUAUGGUCUUCUGGCUCAAAGGCGUUCUUCAGUACGAAGAGUGAGUGCCAUCAGUCUGUUUUCAUCGUUUGAUCAUUAUUUGUGUGAAACUUUGUGCAACUUCUUCGAGCAGAACAGAGCUGAGAGGUUCAGGAUUCUUGCCACACGAAAAUAUUUUCAGCUUCUCAAUCACUUGUAUUAUGCAGGAAGUGAAGUUAGUAUCGAACGGAUAUUUUCCAUGGCCCUGUCCAUCUUUUCCAUUGAAGAAAAAAAAAGGUCUCAUUAAUUUUCGUUUGAUUGUAAGCUCACUCUUUUUCUCCUUCUUCUUGGUUUUCAUGUUCACUUUCAUUCCCGUGCAACGGAAGGCUUCUGGAACUGGUUGAACUUGCAAGAAACUUCGGUAUCCAAACAUCGAUUAUCAGUGGAACGAGGGUUCAGAAUGCGACCAGACGUUUAAUGCUUCGGAGCCGUUCCGCCGGAUCGAAUUCCCCGUCGUCCCACGUCAUCUGAUUCGUGAAGGCAACGCUUCAUCCAAUGAACAGCCCUACAAUCUACAAGUACUAGAGUGAUAACAAAGAGUUUCAGCCGAAUUUCCUUGUUCUUGAUUACCUUGCUAAAUUUAUUUAAUUCGGUCUUACAGAAGGCCAUUUAGAGUUUUUUAAGAAGGAUGUCUAGGAAACCCGAGAAAUCGCGAUCUUUCAGUGUUUAUACACGUUUGUUGCGGGACCGGGGCAACGUGUGAAGCUCGAGUUCGAUCAUUUUCUUCUUGCCGGCAGCUCCGAGAGGUCCAUUUUUUUCUAUUUUUGUACUCUGAUAUUUAUUUCACACAAUUACUUUGAUAAGCUUUUUCACACUCUACUCAAAAAAAAAUUCUUUUGAAAAUUUACUUUCUUAAGGCGAAAACUUGUAGGCUGUUUGAAUUUUUAUGCUGGAUCGUCAAAAAGAAGAACCACGUCGACAAAAAGUUAGGAAAAUACUUUUGCUUUUCCUAGAGAUUUUCUCGAGAAACGCUGAUAAAAAAGUUUCACCACCCUCUAUUCAAUAGUUUUCAAACAUUAUAUGCUGAAAAAGUGAAUUAAAAUUAUUAUUCUCGUGUCGCAAAAACAUACUUGUAUGUACAAGUUUCUGUGCCAAGUACAUUGAAAUACUCGGCGUUUUGUAACAUAUUGUUAGCUCUGCAGUUGCGACAUCGAGUACAUCGACAUCUAUUCGGAGAUCGAAUCUCUCGACGACGACUUGCUCGAUUCAGCUCUCGGAGGCCGAUACUGCGGCUCCGUGGCUCCUCAUGUGCGCAUCAGGUCGGUCCAACUCCAGUGUUAUGCCCGCAGCUGGCAGUGAAGAUUUUGUAGUAGAAGAUUUAUUGGUAACAAGGGGUUAUAUAGUGCUGAGGGAAGAUAUCCCAAAGAUUAUGGAAUGUUCUGGAUUAAUGGUGAAGUAUUGAGAUUAGAGUGAAAGAUGGAACAUUCCAGAGUUUUGAAUAUUCGUGUCGAAAGCAAUAGAACACUUGAAAACAAUGUGGAAACUUCUAGAAAGGUAUAGAAGAUUGUGAAACUUUCUAGAAGGGAAACCUUUACACAUGAUCCCUAUGACGUAAUGAGACUAGAAAUGUAAAGAUAACUAUAAAAAAAAUUCUAGAAUCGGAUUUAUUAUUAUAAGCGUUAUGCUUCAACACCCAAGAAACGUAGCUGAUUCUGGUUACUUCAGCUUACAUCGCAUCAUGAAAAUCGUAUUGCAUUCUCGCGCCCUUCAACGUCACGACUACGGGUUCACGGCACGGUAUUCCUACAUUCCAGAAGGUUUUUACAAUCAAUAUAUAGCUGAUUCACGGCCAGCUUGGGACGCUAAGGGGGCGUGUCCUGUUUGCGCUCUCCACGAGCCAGGAGCUAUCUCUUACAUUAUCGUGUCAGGACCAUUUUUUCAAUGGCUCAAGCCAGCCGUGAAUCAGCUAUAACUCAAAAUGGCCUGGAGUUGGAGACUUUUUUAUAAUUUUUGCAAACUAUUUUUGGUGGCGCGCAGAGUUGACUGGGGUCGAAAAAUGAGUGGCGAGAAGGCUCGAAACUUUUCACAGUUCACAUAUUCGAGUAACGGAACGAGUUUAAGACGACUUUGUGCCGGGAGAGGCGUUGCCUGGAACCAAGUGCAGCUACAUCUUGUACUCGAGCAGCCAACAAUCGGGCGCCAUUUUCUCGCCUACCUACCCUGGCACCUAUCCCCAUGUGGGCUUUUCGACUCAUUAAUCGAACAGUUGGACAUCUUUAGAAUAUGCACUGCUCCUAUUUGCUCCGUGGUUCUUCUGGGGAAAGAAUCAGACUUUCUUUUCGCGACUUUGACAUUUUCUUCGGCGGUGAACAGUUGAGAGAUUUCACCAUUUGA